AAUCGUAAGCCUUAUAAAGCCCUUACACGCGAAUCUAGUAAGUGGCGAGUGUGACGAUCUCUCGCGAGCCUACCUCGGCACUACAGUCCCAAGUCCUGUUUGAUAUAUUCAAAUCUCUUAAUCUCUCGGUGAACUGCUUCUUUUUUUGGCUGUGAACUGUGAACUGUUCAAGGCUUGGCGCCCGUAUUUCCGAUCUGUUUUGCUUCGGAUCUCCCUUACUCCACAUCCAUCGCGUUCUCUCUUUUAUCAAUCUUCUUUAAUCCUCACUCUACUCCUUCCCCAAGGCGUGUGGACACAGAGAAAUACUGAAGUGAUGUCCUACUACCCGCCUUACUCGGGCGCGCCGGGUUACCCCCCACAGCAGUCUUAUCCCCCGCAACAGUACCCACCAAUGCAUCAUCAGCAGCAACCAUCUUAUGGCGGCUAUCCUGGCCAGUCUUACCACCAGGCACCGCCGCCGCCGCAGCAACAGUCCAACCCGUACGGAUACAGCCAUUCACCCCAACCGCCUCAGCAGCCAUAUGGAGCGCCCCCGCAACAUGGAUACAAUCAGGGUCCGCCGUCGGGUUACAGUCAGCACGCGCCCUCGGGGCCACCAAUGCAACAAGGAAGACCAGCCUACGGACAAAACGGUGGUCCCCCACCCCCUCCUAGCAACCCCGUCUCCUUCGGUCACGGCGCUCCGCAAAAUUACAGAUUCCAAUAUUCCACCUGCAGAGGCAAGCGAAAGGCACUGUUGAUUGGUAUCAAUUAUUUUGGUCAGAAGGGUCAGCUGCGCGGAUGUAUUAACGACGUCAAGAACAUGUCGACCUACCUGAACCAGACCUUUGGUUAUGCCCGUGAGGACAUGGUUAUUUUGACCGAUGACCAGCAAAACCCGAUGAGCCAGCCGACCAAGGCCAACAUCCUGCGAGCUAUGCACUGGCUGGUUAAGGAUGCCCAGCCCAAUGACUCCCUCUUCUUCCACUACUCCGGCCACGGCGGCCAGACACCCGAUCUGGAUGGUGAUGAAGACGAUGGAUACGACGAAGUGAUCUACCCAGUUGAUUUCCGAGCCGCCGGCCACAUCGUCGACGACGAGAUGCACCGAAUCAUGGUCCGAUCCCUUCAACCAGGAGUCCGUCUCACAGCAAUCUUCGACUCCUGCCACUCCGGCUCCGCCCUGGAUCUGCCCUACAUCUACUCCACCUCUGGUAUCCUCAAGGAGCCCAACCUUGCCAAGGAAGCCGGCCAAGGCCUACUCGGCGUGGUCUCCGCAUACGCGCGUGGUGAUAUGGGCAGCAUGAUGUCCACCGCGAUGGGCUUCAUCAAGAAGGCCACCAAGGGCGACGAAGUCUACGAGCGCAACAAGCAGACCAAGACCUCCCCCGCCGAUGUCAUCAUGUGGUCUGGUAGUAAGGACGAUCAGACUAGUCAGGAUGCUCAGAUUGCUGGCCAGGCUACUGGUGCUAUGUCUUGGGCUUUCAUUGCUGCUCUUCGCAAGAACCCUCAGCAGAGCUAUGUUCAGCUGCUCAAUAGCAUUCGUGAUGAGCUUUCGACCAAAUAUAGCCAGAAGCCUCAGCUGAGUUGCAGCCACCCUCUUGAUACCGACAUCCUUUACGUGAUGUGAUCUAGGUGUAGCUGUGUCUCCGAAUAAAUUAUCUUUUUUCUGUAAUAUCGUUGGCUGCCGCUUCGGGUUGCAGUUCGCUCUAAGCACAAACUGGCCUGUAAUCCAUUUAUUCCGUGCUUUUACAUAUUGAAUAUAAUCCACUAUCAUAUGAGUUUCAAGAAAAUUCUGUCGAUUGUUCA